AUGAGCAAUCAAACCUUUUUUGUUAGCCCUAAGUUUGAUAAGAAACCAAUAUACAAUUCACCAACAAAUAAGUAUCAAGAAUUCACCAAUGUUUAUGUAUAUAGUAUUAUAGUUAAAAUAGAAAAUGGUACUCCCAACUGUGCUAAAUUUUGUGACGCAGCAGCAAAAGAGUGGAGCAAAAUUAAAAAUAAGGAUAAG